AUGGAGUUGUUCAGGAAGGCGAAAUCGAUCCGACUAAAAAGCCACCACGACAAAUACCUCUUGGUCGAGAGCGACGGCGAAAGUGUGCUACAAGAUCGUAAUGAAACAAUAAAGAAAGGCAUUUGGAUGGUUGAAUUUGUUGAAGGCUUCGACAAUGUCCUCCGAUUGAAGUCCAGUUACGGGAAGUAUCUCACCGCAUCUGAAGAUCAAGGAAAUGAUCCACCGGCUGCAAAGAAUGAAGGGAUGAUGGUGUAUUACACGGUGGUGGAUGAUGAUGGGAACGUUGAUGAUGGUUAUAAAGAAACAUCGUUUGCAUUCAAGGGGCAUGGAUUGGAGGAUUUGACUAUGAAUUUGGAAGAACAAACAUGGAUAGAUGAUAUAAUCGUGUGCUCCAGAAAUCCAUUGAAUGGAAAUCUUUUUCCACUCCGGUUAGCGUUGCCACCCAAACAACUCCGAUUGUAG